UGACCCUCAGCACUUGCCUGGAACGCCUGGCAUGCCUCUUGGCCGGCGCCAUUGGCAGGGCCCUUGCAAUCCCAUCCGGGCAGCAGCCUAUUACACCAACGCACACCCUUGGCAGCAGAUGGACCAGGUCUCUCCUGGGGUCACAUAUGCCCCCCUAGUGGAUCCCUGGAUUGAGCGGCCCUGCUAUGGGGACCCUGUGUGUGCACGCACGACCUUGGAGCAGAAGAACACGGCCAUUAGUGCUCCUGGCAGUAAGCCCACAGAAAGGGGGCCCCCGGCUCUGCACAUGCCUGGCCCAUGGCCCAGGGUGGACUUCCACUGGGUGCCAGUCUCAUACCCACGCACCUUUGAUGGCUCCCCAGGGCUUCUGGACCAUAUGUCCUUUUGCUUUGAGCACUAUCAGGACAACCUCACCUGCAUCUUCGAGAUCCUAGGGCACCUGAUGGACUGAGCCCAGGUGUGGGCAGCCCCCUACGUCGAUGGGGACCUGCCCCUUCCUGACAAUUAUGAGCUCUUCUGCCAGGAUCUCAAGGAAGUUGUUCAAGACCUGAACAGUUUCACUGAGUACCAUGCUGUAGCACCUUGCUUCCUGCCUCGAGCCAGCCACCAGUGGCCUCCAGAGCUGCCUGUGGUGAAGCAGUACUUAGCUAGGUACUCAGAGGCCCUGGCACUCAACAUUGGUGCUGUCCCAGUUGCUGUGGCCACCCCUGCUGUUUGUAGUUCCAACUUGACAUCCAGAAAUACUCUCCCUGAACAGCAGUGGGCCAAGGAGAACAGCCCUGGGUCUGUGGAGUCCUCCAUCUUGUCUACUUUUACAUGCAGCACUGAUCCUGGUCCUGUGGGGCCAACCUCGUCCCAGGCAGGGGAGGUGACCCCUACAUCUGUCCCUGUACUUUCAGGAUCUGCUAACCUGCCUGCUCAGAAACCAGAUCCAGUUCCACCAGGGGGUCCAGAACCCCAGAAGACAGAGGAGGAGGUUUCUGAGACAGAGGUAGACCAGGAGACAUCCUUAGGUACCCCACAGUGCGUGGUGAACACCUCAGAGGCCCCAGGAGACCUAACAGUUUCCCCACUCCCCACCCCACAGCCCUGGAUUCUGCACACAGCCCAGGCAGAUGCAACAGUGCUCCUUGUGAUGGAGUGGGCUACAUAGUUGAGGACCCCCACAGCCCUUCAACAGGAUGGGGUGGCUUUCCCAGAUAUUGCCGUAUCCACUUGUUUUAUUGCUGGGCAGGAGCUGCACCUGUUUGGGCUCUGCUCUGAGCCCUUGUCUCCUUCACCACCCCACCACCUGUUAUAGCAGAAUAUUGGGCUCUAUGCUGUGCCUCUCAUCCUCUGACUUCCCCAGUGGCCCAGAAGCUGCCUCCUCAGCUGCAUUUCCACUGGUUGGACAGAGUUUCAUACAGCAGUCCUCAUCAGAUAUUUGUAUGUCUUUAUAACCGCUCCACUCCCCAGAGCCCUUUGUUCAAUGUUGGCUGGACUAGGUCUGCCAUGUCAGCCCUAUUUGGAUCUGUCCCUGGAUGGUGUCUCUGCUUUGGCCCCCUUCCCCAUCUUGGCUCCCUGUGACCUCUGUCCUCUGGACUGGAAUUUAAGGAAGGCUGCAUGGAGGAAGCAGCCACUUUGAUCCUUUAGUAUGAGUGGGAUGGCAGAGAAAAAUGCUUCCCUAUGGGUUUACCAGCAGCCUUGGCCAACUAGGGAGGUGAGAUACAGACCUCCUUGCCAGUCUAAUUCAGUGUCAGGCAUUUUCCCCUUUUGUAUAUUAAGAUUGCAGUUAUGCCUGGUUUUCUUCAGAAGUUGGCAUGAAUUUCUGUGUCUCAGUGCCUUUGCCCAUGUUGCCCUCCCACUUUCUGCUCUUCAGCAAUCCCUGCCUCCCUGCCCACUCUUACACAUUGCUGACUCAGCACUUAAACCAUAACGCUAUAAAUGACUUGUAUCUUUGGGUAGACUAUGAGCCCCUAGGGCAGGGGCUCCAUCUUGAUCAGCUUUGCAUCCCUGGUACACAAUUUGGUACUCAUUAAACAUAUGUUGAAUUUA